AUGGAGAACGGGUCAACUGACAACGCGGCGGGUCCGGAGCCCCAGGUCCAUCAGACGGAACAGCUACCCUUGACAAGUGAUGAGUUGUCAAUCCCAACUUCGUCGCAUGGCGUUACAUCCACGCGGGAGUCGAAGGCUGCUCGCCAAUCAUCAACCAAAAAAACUGGCAAAUGUCGUUAUUUUGCGUCCAAGAAGGGUUGUCGCGCUGGGGCGGAAUGCCCGUAUAUCCACGCUAGUCCCACCAAUAAGCAGGGUGUGACUUCGGCUGAUCAGCAGUCCGGGUUGCCUGCUCCCGUCAAUAUUGAUCAAAAUCUAGACCAUCAGGCCGGCACUGGAACCCAUCAUACGGCUAUCCCUGGUGGGCAGUCAAAACCAGUCACAACCACAUCAGUUUCACAUGUCGCUCAGCCUCAAAGGCCAAUAUCGAAAGCGGAGCAAAAAGACCCGAGAGAGUUUCAGCUAAACCAAUUGAGACGACGAUUCCAGCCAAAGGAAACGACGAAUAGCGAUGGAUCGAUUUUGGAAUUUGGAUUGGCUCCCUCUGAUCCCGAUUUCCCAUUUGAGUUGGACAAGCUGCAAUGCGUGUUGCGUGUCCCAAAGUCAUAUCCUGGUACAGGACGGCCUACAAUCACUGUAACUAACCCUGAAAUGGAAACUGCAUAUCAAGCCAAUGUUGCGAGAGGUUUCGAUGACAUCGUUGACUUUACAUUGCGCACAAAUGGUCGAGGAGUGCUUCUCAAUUGGCUGAAUAGUCUUGAUAGGCAACUAGAAAGGCUUCUUACCACUCUUGAAAGGGGGCCUAAGCUCACGUUUGUGGCCAAUGUCGGCGACCGUACGGCUACUCCAGGGCCUGCCCCAAAUAAUGCAGUACCUCAACGUCAAGUGGAACUGCCUGUGUUGCCAAAGCCAGUACCUGUGAAUGCCACCAAGCCUGCAACGCAACUACAGACACCAGUUACAAGAAAAACGCACACCACCGAGGAAAGAGCUCAAGCUGAAAAGCGGAGAUCAACGGAAGCGAAACAGCUCGAAGCACGUCUGGGGAGGCUUCCCUUGUUCCAAAAGCGAUCGGAGAAUUCUUUCGUGAUUCCGAUUCAACCGAAUAAGAAAGACCGUCUUCCAGGACAGCUUCAAACAGUUAAAACAGUGAAGCUUCUGGUCCCUCAGUUGUAUCCACUUGAAAGCUCCUCAAUUGAGAUUCAGGGUGUUGAAAGCCCAGAGGCAAGAUCCGUGGAGGUUGGAUUCGCACAAUGGGUGACAAAGAAUCCCCAGUUGAAUCUGGUCUCUCAGAUCAACUACUUGGCAAGUAACAUGCACAAUUUUGCCAAAACAGCUCUACCUGAAGUUGCUGAGUACUCUCAGCAUGAGCAUACUCAAGCGGUCAUCGAAAAAGCGUCUCCCGAGCAUAAACAUUCAAAUCCUACUCAAGGAGUGGAAGACCCAGAUCGACCGCAUUUGCACAUCAUUCCACGUCCACUUGAGUGGUCUGUACCGGAACGCAACAGUGACAGCGAGGCGACCGAUGAUUCAAGCUUCGAUGAAGGUUCUGGAGAAGAUGAGGAUGAUACAAGUGACGGAGGCGCCCCUGUUCCAGCAGCUGUGGAUACGCCUGGUCGCGGUGUUGCGCUCUCAUUCCCUUUCCUCGAGCUCUAUGGAAUUGAACUCUUGGAGCUCAUGUAUCUUGCUAUCACAAUCAAGUGUGACAGAUGCAAGGAGUCUAUGGAUAUCAAGAAUGUCCCUAAUAUCACAGAUCCCAAGAAUACGCCGAAAAUUGAGUCAUGCAAGAAGUGCGCCAACUCUAUGAGUAUUGGUUUCCGUAAGCAAUUGAUGCAUUCUCAUGCCAAUCGUGCUGGGUAUCUGGACUUGGAUGGCUGUACCAUUGUGGAUCUUCUUCCAAGCAACUUCAUCCCGACUUGCUCUGAAUGCUCAACUCCAUACCAUGCGCCUGGGGUAUCUGCAGUCCGCGGAGAGAGCGCAAUGGCUAUAUGCCGUCAUUGUCACAAAAAAAUGGUUUUCAAGGUUCCUGAAGUCAAAUUCUUGGUCGUGGGAACUGCUGCAAUCUCCUCACGCUCAGGUCUUUCUUUGAGAAAGAAGCCUAGAGAGGUUCUUGGGAUCGUUGCUGGUCAGGAGCUUCCCCGGCGUGGCCGUUGUCAACAUUACUCGAAGAGUUUCCGCUGGUUCAGAUUCAGUUGUUGUGCAAAGGUGUUCCCAUGUGAUAAAUGCCAUGACGCAGAAACAGAUCAUCCAAAUGAGCACGCCAAUCGCAUGAUCUGUGGCUUCUGUUCGCGAGAGCAGCACUUCAGACCAGAAAACUGCGGGACUUGCAAAGCAGUACUUGUCGGUAAAGCUGGCAGUGGAUUCUGGGAAGGAGGAAAGGGUACCAGAAAUCGAGCUUUGAUGAGCCGGAAAGCAAAGCUUUCUGAAAUUGACCGCCCCGCUAUGAGCUUCCUACACCUCCAUCCCGCCUUUGAGCAGAUAACAGGGCCAACCCCAGAAAUCAAAUCCUACAUCGAAAACAACGUGUACCCCUUCGCCCACGAAGCGGGGGUGUACAUCGCCUCUAAAGAUCAGCUUUUCAUAACCAGCAAUCGCAUCCACGCACAUGACGGCAGCCAACGAGUCCAAAUCUCGAAAAUCCAAUUGAACGACAACACAACAUGUGUCCAAGAAGAAAUCCACCCAGACAUUCCCAUGGCAAACGGCGGUGUAAACUAUCAAAACGGCGUCCUAUUUUGCAGCCAAGGAACAUUCGAUCGACCCUCUAGCCUGAUUCACAUGGCAACAGAAGCACCAUAUCAAUGCACAACCAUUUUAGACAGCUUCUACGGUCGGCAGUUCAAUUCUAUCAACGAUGUGGUUAUCCAUAGUGAUGGAUCAAUUUGGUUUACCGAUCCUAUCUAUGGAUUCAAACAGGGGUAUCGUCCGACUCCCGACUUACCGGUGCAGGUUUAUCGAUAUGAUCCGAUGACCAAGUCUGUACGAGUCGUGGCAGAUGGAUUUGGGAGGCCUAAUGGGAUUUCUUUCUCGCCUGACGAAAAGGUUGUUUAUGUUACCGAUACGGAUGCCGUUCAGGGAGAUGGAAGUGUUGAUUGGAGUCGUGCGGCUACUAUUUAUGCCUUUGAUGUUGUCUACCAUUAUGGACAGCCAUUUCUCACAAAUCGGCGUGUCUUUGCUAUGGCAGAUAACGGCAUUCCGGAUGGGAUCAAAUGUGAUCUUGAGGGUAAUGUGUAUAGUGGCUGCGGUGAUGGUAUUCAUGUCUGGUCUCCAGGUGGUGUUCUUCUGGGCAAGAUGCUUAUUCCUGGAGGCGUUGCCAAUUUCUGCUUCGAAAAGCCUGGUAAGAUUUUGGCUUUGAAUGAGACACGGUUGUGGCGGAUAUCUAUUGCUCCGUCCUGUCGCGGAGCCUUGCUCAGACUGUGA